AUGCACGGUUUCAGAACGUUUUAUCGAUGGUUUUGGACUGAGCCUCGUAAUAUUUUCGACGUUUUCAAGUACACAGAAGCGAUGUGUAACGUUUUUGGCAUCAACCUUUACCGGUAUCGAGGAGAUCCAACCAAUGGUGCCGUUGAGCUAAGUGUUUGGCAAAUAGUAAAGUUGCUCCUUAUGAAUUUGCUGCUCAUGGUCGUGUCGGUCAUCAAUUUUUUGAUACCCGGAGAGCUGUUAAACAAUGGUUCAAUGAUUGUAACUUAUGUUAUGCGAACGCUCUUUGUUGGUGGUGUAUUGGGAGUAUCGCUCAUGAGCAUCAUACAUGCUCUGAAUUGGCGAUCACUCGCUAUCCUGUUUCAAAAGCUGCAUCAAUUGGACAUGAAGUUUCAACUGCUUCAACAUCCCAUAAAUUACGCGACACAUCAAAAGCAAAUAAUACGUGUGUUUGGUUCAGGAAUUACGGUAUUCACUACUAUUGUCCUUGCAUUUAACUGUAGUACACUAGUGAUGGUAGAAAAUCGUGUCGUUGCGUGGAGUUUGGUGUUUGGUCAGAUUUACUUCAAUUCCGUCUACUUCUGUAUCAUUAGCUUAUUCGUUACCGUAUCUUAUCUUAUCUCACUUCGUUAUAAACACUUAAACAACUUGAUGAAACUAUCCUUUGAUACAUCUAACGAUAAUUUGGCCGAAGGUUAUAGGGAUCAAAUCAAAUUACCUCUCAGUGUUGUGCAGAGUCGUAUAAUAACUAUACAGAAAAUGGCAGAGCUGCAUAGCUUAUUGAAUGAAAUUGCAGCGCAUGUAAACAAGAAUUAUGGCGAUUUCAUACUCUUAAACAUAACCGGUGCGAUGCAAUUUACUGGUUUUAAUCUGUUUGCUUUGGUGAAAAUAUUUUUCAUCAACAUUUCGCACGCGCGAAUCAUAACAUACUUUAAUGUAAUCGGUAGUUUAUUCUACAUGACUAUGUUUACGUUCAUCAUCAUUCGAUCACGGUUGAUUGCUCAGGAGAGCAAAUUUACUGGAACAUUGCUACAUAAAGCUAUUAACAACGAAACGAACAGCGAGAUGAUACAUUCCAUGAUUGUUUUCUCGAGGCAGGUCCGAUACCGUUCGGCUGUCAUUUGUUCCAGACAGAUCCAAAUAGAUUGGCCAUUCGUGUUUAACUGUAUUGCAGGACUAGCAUCGUACUUUGUCAUUCUGCUUCAAUUCGAUGUGGCUAUGAGACUCAACUGA